GUGACAAAUGUCAAAAAAUGAAAUUCUCGACCGGCCCAGAAGUGAAGCGGCCCACCGGGAACUCUCCCGAUUCUCCCGAUUACCCACCCCGGGCCUGCCAUGGGAUAUGAUGAAACUUUAAUGUUAUUUAUUUGUUUCUUUCCACUCUGCCAUUCCAAAAACAAUAAAGAAGAGAAAAGCAUAAGGGAAGAAAAAGAAAAGAUAACAUGACAUUAUAAAUCAAAUAAAAAAAAAUUGCAAUAUAAAACAUACCAAAUUGAAUAAUGUCCUUUGGUGAUUCUCUCCCCUUGUAAAGAUGGCAUUCUAAAUAAAACAAAAAAAUUGUAACGUAUUUAACAAAAAUCGUAACAAGCAAAUCAACCGACCAACCCUGUGUCAUAGAGCUUCAUAGAGCAAUUCUCAAACAACCACAAUUAACGUCAGUGAAAGGGAAGUUAACCCAUGUCCCAGACACUGUACUCUCCCCUCAUGCUACCCAGUUCCUGCUCUCUGGGGUUGGGCUAAACCAGCCCUACCAGUUUGACAACUAUCACAAUUGGUCAGAAAGGCUCACUGGCGAUGGGAAGAGUAUAGUGAGACCUCUCCACUCUUCUGGUUAGGAGCCUGUUCACUAUCCACGACCCAGAACCACACGCAGAACUGAGAGACAACGAGUGGACACAGGGCAGGGUUAGCAGCAGUGUCUGAGAUGGACUCUUCUCCAAGGCAAGAUAAUUGUGAAAAAGCCAACCUCUCUAAACGUCGGUGCCGGUGGAUCCUUGGCAUUCUUGUUCUUUUUUGUUUUAUUUUUGCUGGGAAUUAUUUCCAGUGGUCUGCAUUCCGACACUCAGCUCUACUUUCAUUCUACUUUCAAAGACAAGAACCAAAGGGCAUCACAGAAGCUACCACACUAAAACCCACAAGCAAUACUACCACACCACACCCCCCCAGCAAUACUACCACACCACACCCCCCCAGCAAUACUACCACACCACACCCCCCCAGCAAUACUACCAUACCACACCCCCCCAGCAAUACUAUCGUUCUGCUGUGGUAUUGGCCCUUUGGAGAGUCAUCUAAUCUAGACGACAAUUUUUGCAGUGACCAUUAUGGCAUACCCAACUGUGUCUUAGUGACUGAUCAUUCCUGGUUUCCCAAAGCAGACCUGAUUGUCUUCCACAACCGUGAGCUGGUCAACGGACAGCGGAGGCUGCCCCUGGAUCUCCCCCGCCCAGAAAAACAGAGAUGGGUCUGGCUGUCCUUGGAGAGUCCACCUCAUAAUGGGAAUAUGAGGCCCCUCGCUGGUCGCUUCAACUACACCAUGAGCUACCGCCGCGACUCAGACAUUUACACACCAUAUGGGCAUCUUGUGCCAAGCCAAGCUCCAAAUGGCACAACUGUUGAUGACUUCAUACCAAAGGGCAAAACUUCUCUGGCCUGUUGGAUAGUGAGCAACUACAAUGGCAGACAUGAGAGGACGGCUGUGUAUAACAGGCUGAAAAAUAUCAUCCCAGUGGAUAUGUACGGGGGUGCCGUGAAUAAGCGUCUUUCAUCAGAGACUCUGAUACCCACAGUCUCCCGAUACUACUUCUACCUCUCAUUUGAGAACAGCAUCUUUCGAGACUACAUCACGGAGAAAGUGUGGCGCAACGCUUUUGCGGGUGGUGCCGUACCCGUGGUAUUGGGUCCGCCCCGGGAGCAAUAUGAGGCUGUCAUGCCAAAGGACUCCUUCAUUCAUGUGAAUGAUUUUAGCUCAGUAGAGGAACUGGGCCACUUCCUGAAGACACUGGCCGAAGAUAAAGAACGCUACGCCACAUACUUCAACUGGCGACUAAAUUCUACCUUCAGUUUUUUCACAGACUGGAGGGAGGAACUGUGUAAAAUCUGCCCGCAGGUUAGGAGUUUACAAAGGCAAAAGGUAUAUGACGACUUACAUGGCUGGGAUUGGCAAUAAAAGAUGGAGGGAAAGUAAACAUAAAAAAAAAAAAACACUGCACUAUAGUUCUUUAGAGCAACGCUGGCAAUGCCAAACUCCUCCUUAAGCCAGAUGUAUUACAUGUCAAAAGAAUGUACUGUUUAACGCUUUUGUUAGGUGAAAAUUCAAUCAAG